AUGGCUUCAAUUACUUGGGAUCCAGCAGAUGUAUUGCAGAUUUCUGACCAUCGCCAAUGCAUCGGCAUCACCACAAGACAAACCCGCUAUUUAUGCCUUUGUCGCACUUACCAUUCACAUCAAGUACAAGAAUUCGUUAGCCUCUGGACAACCGUGGUAGAGGAGACAGUAUCCGUGAAGCUUGAGAAGAUUGCGAAGCGAAUGGACGAUUUUAGACAGGCCGAACGGUCACUGGAAAUGCAUUCGCGUAUUUCCAAAUUGCAGGAAAGUCUUAGUGCGACAAGUCAAGAAAAUGACCAAAUACAGAAGCAGUACCAACGAGACGUCAAAAGAUUACGACGCAACAUCAAGGAUCUGGAACAAGAGCUUCGAGAAAGCAAAGGUGGUAAUAAUAUCACGGAACAGAAGUCGCUAGCCAUGAAAUUCGACAUUGAACAUGUGUUCCGACCCAAAAUCAUUCAUCUAGAACAAAAGCUCAAAGAAAGCCAAGAUCGAAACAAUAUUUCGGAAGGGAGAUUAUCAGCCAUGAGAACGAAACUUGAAAAGCUUCAGGCCCAGACAAUGAGUGAUUGGCUCGCUCGAAAUAGGCUCGAAAUUGAGAGCAAAUCUCUGAAAGUGGAAUUGAUUAAUGCGCAAAAGAAACUGGAUGAAGAUACGUCCAUCAACGAAAAGAACCGGGACUUUGAUAAU